GCCGGCCCCGCCGCCGCGGGGGAGACGCGGCUCCCGGCGCUGUGCGCCCGAGCUGCUGCUGCUGCUGGUUACGCCAGCCCCGCCGCCUGCCUCUCCGCUCUCCUCGCCUCUGAUUCUGCGCACAGCCAGCCCCAAAGCCUGUCAUUCUGCAAAACACAGUUUACUCAACAGAGAGAGCGAGUGGGGGAGCGGGAGAGGUGGAGAGAGGGAGACGGCGCGGAGGAGCCCAGUCCCGCACCCCAGCAUGGCUUCGGGGGACCUUUACGAGGUAGAGAGGAUUGUAGACAAAAGGAAGAACAAGAAGGGCAAAUGGGAAUAUCUCAUUAGGUGGAAAGGCUAUGGGAGCAAUGAAGACACCUGGGAACCUGAACAUCACCUACUCCAUUGUGAGGAAUUUAUUGAUGAGUUCAACAGGCUACACGUUACCAGAGAGAAGCGAUCCAGGCACGGGAAACAGGCACCGAAACUACUGGGGGAAAGCCGAGGGUCGUCUGUUGAGAAAAUAUCACAUAGACCUUCUGAAUCUGGGAAGUCUAAAGGAGCAACACACAAAAGGAAGAGAAUUAAUCCAUCUCAUCAAAAACAGAAACGAGGAUAUGCAGCAAAGCCAGGAUCUGCAAAUGACAGGGCUGCUAAAACUGUGACUUACCGAACUACUCCCAGCGGUUUACAGAUUAUGCCACUGAAAAAGCCACAUAAUGGCCUGCAGAAUGGAGAUGGCAGCCAUGAGAAAGAUUCUAGACAUUUUGGGAAUGGCUCACAGCAGCAAAACGUGGAUUUAACUGAUCACGAAGGAGAACAAAACUUGCCCAGCGUGUUGGAAGUCAGUAACAAUUCCCCUGUUGUGAAUGGAAUUGGUUCUUCUCUGGCCAAUGGAAGCUUGAAUCUACACAGCACUGUGAAGAGGAAACUUGAUGGAGAGAAAGAUUAUGUCUUUGAUAAGAGACUGAGAUACAGCGUGCGACAAAAUGAAAGUAACUGUCGCUUCAGGGACAUUGUAGUCCGGAAGGAAGAUGGUUUCACACAUAUUUUGCUGUCAAGUCAGACUUCAGAAAACAAUGCACUGACCCCAGAGAUCAUGAAGGAAGUUCGGAGAGCAUUGUGCAAUGCAUCAGCUGAUGACAGUAAACUCUUACUUCUCAGCGCAGUGGGAAGUGUAUUCUGUAGUGGCCUAGAUUACUCAUAUUUAAUUGGCAGGUUAUCCAAUGACAGAAGAAAGGAAAGCACUAGGAUUGCAGAAGCUAUAAGGGAUUUUGUAAAAGCUUUUAUUCAAUUUAAGAAGCCAAUUGUGGUUGCUAUCAACGGCCCUGCUCUGGGGUUAGGAGCUUCUAUUUUACCACUCUGUGAUAUCGUUUGGGCAAGUGAGAAGGCUUGGUUUCAGACACCAUUUGCAACAAUCCGACUCACUCCAGCUGGCUGCUCAUCAUACACAUUCCCACAAAUUCUGGGUGUUGCACUGGCAAAUGAAAUGUUGUUCUGUGGCAGAAAGCUGACAGCACAAGAAGCCUGCAGCAGAGGACUGGUGUCACAAGUAUUUUGGCCAACAACAUUUAGCCAAGAAGUGAUGCUACGAGUGAAAGAAAUGGCAUCCUGCAGUGCAGUGGUAUUGGAAGAGUCCAAAUGUCUCGUGCGGAGCUUCCUGAAAUCCGGACUUGAAGAGGUGAACGAGAAGGAAUGUCAGAUGUUAAAACAGCUGUGGAGUUCUUCCAAAGGACUGGAUUCAUUAUUCAGCUACUUGCAAGACAAAAUUUAUGAAGUCUGAUAUCUUGGCCUAACUUAAAGAGAAAUCGCUCCAGUUGUGACCAGAGUCAGACAUGACCAUGUUUGAGAAGCAGAGGCAAUGCAUCAGUGAGGAAUUUGUGACAGUGAUCCCAAUGCCUGUGGCUGUGUGAGGUGCACAGCUGCUUGUAGCCGGUUUGAUUCUGUGUAACCAAGACGUGGGCAGGCGUUCAGUGCACGUAACCUGUGCAGAGGCUGCAUCUUUCACAUUGCUCAUCCACAUCCAACUCUACAUUCCACGUUCUGAGAAGCACCACUGAGGCCCAGCAAGUCUCACCCACCUGUAAGGGUUUAUUUUGUCUGUCCUUCUUAACUUAUUCUUGCUAUUGCAGCACACCUGGGCUGACACAGAGGGCUCAGUCUAAAAUCUGGGUCAGCGCGACCUUUGGUAGACCCAAAAACCAUAUGUUAGAAAUAUGUUAAUUAUUUUUUUCAAACAGUUUAAUGGAAAAAUCUGAUAAUUUAUAUGUAUAAUAUGUAAAGUUAGUUUACAAAAAAAUUCUAGACUUUUUUUCUUUGUUAAAUUUAUUUAACUUAUUUAUUUUGUGUUCAUAUUCAGCUGUUUGUUGAUCACAGAUCUUAUUUUCAUAUUUCCCUUUUGACUGAAUUAAAGGCAUCACAUGAGAAUGCAAACACAUUUUUAGCAGAAAACUGAGUAGAAAAAUAAAGAAUAUAUAGAAAACACACAGAAUAUUGUGGGCAGUUAAUGAAACAGCCACGUGCAUGCUCCUCUAUGUGUAAAACUGUACAAAAAAAUGUAUGAAAACAGAUUCAUUCAUUUGCCAGGGUUAAGAGAAAAAAAGUGGGUUUUGACACAAUGAGUCCCCCUUAAGUCUCUCUUCACUUUCUGCCUUCUUGAGGAGCACUGAAGGGCUCGCCAACCAGAUGCUUUAUUUAAGUUUACUAUAUUCCUGUUAGCCAGAUACCAGUAGCAGGGUGAGUGGUGCCGUUGUGUGGCAUCGUACUGUUUUUCAGGUUUAAACAACCCUUAUGGUCUGAAGUCUAAAAGCAAAUCCUUAUGAGCCUUAGUCUAGUUGCCUGAUUCCUCAGGUGUGAGAUAAUUUCUGCUCUGGAGGCCUUUGGGUGUGGGCCAGCAGUUUAUACAAGGUGCUAGGCAUUGAACUCAGUGGAGGCAGAGGUUUUGUUUUGCUUUUCCCAGCUCUCCACAUCUGGCCACCCCACCACCUGUUACAAGAACUUAUGGCUAUCCAUAAAAGCAGUCCACAAUAAACAAGGAAAAUCCAACCUGCUCUUUUGGAAUGUGAUCCUAGUACUGUUCAGUGACACCAACCAACUUCUGAACACUGGAUCUCUCUCAGUUCUUUCCUGCUAUGGGCAAUUUGUGUGGAAAGGACAGGAGCAUGCUCUGAGACUUCACCUGUCAUCAUAGUAUGCCCAAAUUGAAACCUCUUGAAGCAGAAGCUUUGCACAUUUGUUUGCUUUGUAAUUUGUGCACUUGCUCUCCAUCCUUGAGCUCAGUGACUUAUGAUUUAAACCUCUGCAAAUGAGGCUGCUCAGCUUUCUCCCUCUUAGCAUUUCCAUAAAGAGUUUCAACAAAGCCUUUGUAAAGUUAACGAACAGGUGAUUACAGUAAAGAGUAGACUUCAACAUAUUAAUGCAACAUUUCUUUUUCCACAAAUAAUUAGAAGUGCUGUUUUUAUGCUCUAAUUGUACCACUGAAUUUUAAGGAAAUCAUUACCCUAAAUACAAAAGUUCUCAUGGAAAAUCUUCAUUAAAAAGACAGAAUCUGUCUUCUAAUUAGUCUGUUUAAAAUGUUUUUUAAAAGAAACUUAUUGAAACCAUUAGCUUAUUUUAAAAUGACUGAAAGAGAACUCUUUCAAUAACUAUUUGAAGUGAUGGAUGCACCACUUGCUUUAUACCAACCCUUGUUUUUGUCCACGACCUGCCAGCAGCGCCGCGGGGCGCGUUGGAUCGAGGCCCUGGGCCCCGGCAGGGCAGGUGCACACGGAGUCACCUGGAAAAAGAGGGAUGACCCAAGUGAAAACCACACACACACAGACACACACAGACACACACAGAAACACAGACACACACAGAAACACAGACACACACAUGCACGAGUUUGCACAAUCAGGCCUCCAGCAUACACCUUCAGAAAAACAAAAAAAGGCAAUGGAAAAAGUACCACGAUUCCUCAAUUUCCUUUAUUUCCUUUAUUCCCAUCCAGAGAGCCAUAACUCCUAGUCAUGUGUUAAUAAGAUAUUAGGAAGUUUAUUUCAAUACUAUGCUUAGUUUUUGUAGGUAAAUAUAGUAAGAUUUCUCAGCAAUGUGAAGGAAUGCAUUCCGAAUGAGAUUUGCAAACAGAGAAGAAUCAUACGUUGUUGGAUCUUUUAAACUGCACCAUUUCAUCUGAACUUUCAGAUAUAUCUGUAUCUUAGCAUUUUUUAUGACAAAGGAAUAGUUGAAAUACAUUUUCUAUAAUUAUUUUUCCAUUCUAGCAAGCGCUAACCAUAGUUAACAUUUUUAAUUAUUCAUAUCUAUACUGUUACAAUCUAGUUUUCAUGGAAUCUAUUUUCCCUUCAAAAAAGAGUAAUAACAACGUUGAAACCUUCUUUUCCAGUAUUUAAAUAUCAGAAUCUGAAUUUUCUCUUGUGUUUCUAUCCUUACUAGGUAUUCAGAUAUCUAGAUAUACUGUACAUAUUAGUCUGGGUACCUUUACUAAUAUUCACAGUAUUUAAGAUUAAAAAUGCAAUUGGUUGUUUAAGUAUGUUAUUUUAUUCUUGUGUAAAUUGUUUUGUACAAUCUUUAAAAUUCUACAGUUUUGCAUUUGUAGAUAUUAAAGGUGAGCAAUUUAUUUUGUGUUGUCCUGCAUGUAUAUUUUUGCUGUAGAUAAGUGUUGCUUAGUUUACUAUUUCAGUACAUUUCUGUUUAAAUAAAUAAGCUUACAAACUUUAAUACAGUAUAUAUUUUCAAAAUAUAAACUUUUAUAUUUCUGUGGUAGGUUAGGGUAUGCGUUUUAGGCAAUCUUUUUCACUACUAUGAACUGUUCUUUUAAUCUAUAAUAUAAUGGUUUUGUGCCAAUAGUUUUUCAUUAGAAUAAAAUGCUCUUUUAAUGUUAGGGAUGAACAAACAAUUUUGGUUGGGGUUUGUUUUAUUUUUGGUUUUGGGUUUUUUAAUUAUUUUGCCAGCCUUUACAGUUUUAAAUAUAAUUUAUAAAUGCAUUGCAUUUGUGAAUAAGCCUUACCAUUAGGUACAAGAAAUCUUUAAAGCUGCAUAAUUGCUUAUGCAGUACUAAGGACUUCCCCAAAUAAUUGCUGUAAGAAAGUUAGCAAAUCAGAGUACAGGGCCUUAAGUUUUUCUUGUGAAAAGGAUAAUACGGGUUGUUUCUUUUGAACAACAGAGGUAGACUUGUCAGCAUGGGCUUUGUUAUAUAUAAACUGUGCAUUUGUGCUCCCAACCAUGGUAGUUUAAUCUCAGGCUUUGUGUGGCUGGGUCUAUAAAAGUCAAAUCUGGCUAAAGCCAGCACUCUUUAGGAGACACUAAAGAAGUUUACAUAAGAGACUUAUAGACAAUCUUAUCAUAGUACAUUUGGGUACUGGCUAUCCUCGAUGUGUUAUCUGUGUCUGCCCAAUUAACCGUAUGUUUUAAGCCAUAUUAAAUCUCUUUACUGCUAUUUUAAAUACUACACUGAAAGUCAUUCACUAGCUUGCUUGCUCACAGACAGGAUUUUGAUUUUUAGUGAAUAAAGAUGUUAUGCCUUCCAUAAAAAACAAAGGACCAAAGAAUUUCAUUAGUUCCUUUGCCAGUGAACUAGUUUGACAUUUGUACCGAAGAUCAAACAGUCUCUGCUUCAAACACUGCAUCCUCAUCCAUGUCAGGUGUAAGGGGGAAAGAUGUAUCCACUGAGCUAUUGGGAAAGGAGUGAUGUUCAGCUGGGAUGGCAUGUCUAUUGGUAAGGCUUAUUACCAAACCUCUGAGAUGAAGCAAAGAACCAAAAAUUCACAAGUUAUGUCAAUGUAAAUUUAUUUUCAGAACUUGCACAAAUAAUUAAUUGUAGAACUUUGCAAAUUAGGCCCUUAAGUUAUUUUGUCAGAAUGCCAUGGAACAGACUAAAACAGUUUCUAAUAUUUGUAAUGAUGAGUACAUAUUAUAAUAUUAUAAGGGUACAGGCACCCCUAUAUCACAGUGUUGUAAAUAUUUUCUGAAACUGGUACAGUACUGAGGGACUUGUAUCUUCUGAUAUAUCAAAUAUUGACUGUCUAGAUCAAAUUGUACACAAUUUAUUUGUUGAUGGUCCUGUAACUAGUGUAUGGACACAUUUCUGGGUGCCUUAGAAGUUGUAUUUUUCAUGUGUGUUAAUAUGCAGUAUUUAUACAUUGUGAGAAGCUGCUUUGAAUAAAAACAUUGAAACUUCA